AUGGCAAUAAAAACUUUUAGAAUGUUCGAAACAAUUCUAAUUUUAUUUUAAUUGGCAGCUAAUAAACAUUUACACAAUUAAUAUAUGAAUUAUUACAAUAUUCUUGGUAUUUCAAAUAACUCGAGUCAUGCACAAAUAAAAUAAGCAUACAGGGACCUUGCAAAAUAACAUCAUCCAGUAAAUUAUCAAAAUAUGUUGAGGAUAAAAAUCCUCAAUCAACACAAUUUAGAAUGAUUUUAGAGGCAUAUCGAAUACUUUCUAAUCCUGAUCUUCGGUGUCGAUAUGACUAAAUCCAAGCUUAAAUGGAAAGAUAAAUUAGCUUAUUUUAUAUGAUAAGGAAUUUCAUCAAUGGAAAUUAAGAGAAAACAGAACUUAAUAAUGAUACUAAUACAAAAGACACAGAAAUUAUAGAAAAUGAGUCUAAGAAUAGGGAAGUUACUUAAAUACAUAAGAAAAAAAUUAAAAAAAAUCAUCAUUGA